UAAAAGGUUUUCAUCAACAGCCGCCAUUUUGUGAAUGCCCUACCGGGCGAAAACAGCAUUUUCCCCCGGAUUUUUACGCCUCAUAUCGGAAACCUUUUUCCACUAGGCGAUCUGAGGAGUUUAGCUAGUAUUUUGAUUUUCCAUAGACGUUGGUUAGAUCGUCUUAAAUUGUAGCAUAAUGUGACUGUUGGUCUCUCAAUUUGACGAUUUUUUCUCGGAGAUCAAGCUUUGUACGCCCGCAUCAUACUGUGUAAAGAUGUGCGCUGUAAAGAUUCAUCAUCAGAGACAUCGCGAUGCCCUGGUUGAACUCUACAUCCAAGAUGAGAUUGUUGUUGGCGAGUAGAUGGUCCGAUAGGAACAUAUUUUUGAAGAUUUUCUAUUACUGAGUAUCUAUUAUAAGGAUUCAAAUAUCGAAUUUCUACAUUACAAUUUCAGAAUGGCGGACCAAAUCGUCGAUGGGCCGCCAUCGAAAAGGCUAAAAUUAGCGUCGCCAGCGAACGCUUCCAACGAACGUGGUGAAUCAGAAUUAACCAAGCUUCUUGACAUUGAUGUUCCACCUCUGGCUGAUGAUCUUCAUGUGAGAAGUCACAAUACCAAUGAGACUCCAGUAUCCUUCUCCUCAGCCAGUGCCAGUCUGACAAGUGUUGGAGGAGCUAGUAGUGGCAGUACGUCAGUAACUGUUGUGUCAUCGAUGCCAGUCACCACUGACACACAUAAUGACCCAAUGAAAAAGAACACACAGCUUACCAAGUUGCUGCAGUCUCCACCCCGCACAGGAGUAAGUGCCCAGGUCAGUCAGCCUGGGAGUGUUAUGGGAAAAGCUGUUGCAGUGUCAUCAGGAAUGCAGCAGAGUCAAAUGCAGGGUGGAGUUUCCAACUCCAACCUAGUCAACAUCUCCCGUUCCUUUACUAAUAGUCCUGUGCCAAAUAGCAUUGCAAAGCAAGCAGCAGGGCAAGGUCUAGCUCCUUCCCCAGCCGUGAAUCAGACUGUUGGUGCAACUUCUGGAAUUGCCAACACACGGACAAAUAACGCUAGUGCAGCUAACACUAUUGGUCAGUUCAAUCCCAGUACUGGGGCUAUGCCCAUUAACAGUAUGGGCAAUGCAAAUGUUGCCUCAAACAUGGGACCUGGUCAUGGGAUGAUGGGCAAUCGGCCAAACAUGAUGAAUGGACCAUUUCAAGGUGGAGAUGGAAUGGCCAUGGGUAUGAACAAUUCCAUGGUUCGGAAUAACAAUCCUGUAGCCAAUUCAAUAGCGUUGCAGCAAAUGGCCAACAACAAUGCAAUGGGCAAUAGUUCUGUGGUCAAUGUUGGACAACCAAAUAUGAUAAGUGGAAUGGAUCCAGCGAUGGCAAAAGCAAGGGCAGCAAAGGUGGGUGGUAUGGCAAAUGUACAGCACAUGACCCAGCCAAACACCAACAACCCUUUCCAUGGAUUCUCCUCUUCCAUGAACACUAUGCCUACACCCACACCCAACAUGAAUGCAUUGUCCUCCUUCGUGCCCACCACGACCAGCACUUAUGCAUUAGGGAAUAUGGUGGAUGGACUCAAUAUGCCUGGCAAUAUGAACAUCAAUCCCAACAACAUGGGCUCACCUGCCGUAAAUAUGAACCCUAAUAUCGCUGGAGCUGCUCCCAACAUGGUCAGGAAUGUGAUCACUAACUUGCCUGGAAAUAUGGGUGGGAACACGAACAUGAUGCACCCAAAUAUGAUUGCUGGUGGCAACUUUAGGGGAAGUAUGAAUGUGCCAGGAACAUUGCAGCGGACCAUAUCAUCAGGAAAUGUGAACAUUGCAGCAAACAAUGCUGGGGCUAGUAUUCAAGAUGCAAACAGAAGUGACAAUAUUGCAGGGAAUCAUGGUGUUGGUGCUGUAAGCAAUGUUAACAUGAAUGCUCAAGCUGGAGUGAAUGUGCAGCAACAGCCACCACAGUCAUUAAGUGCUCAACAGUCACUUGCAGGAGUUGGUGUAGGUACAGCUGCUGGUGGCUCCCAGGCUUCAGCAGCAGACCCAGGCAAACGCAAACUCAUUCAAAGGCAACUGGUACUACUCUUGCACGCACAUAAGUGUCAGAGACGGGAAACUGCGGCAAACGGAGAAGUGAAGCCCUGUGCUCUACCACACUGCCGAACCAUGAAGAAUGUCCUCAAUCAUAUUACUAACUGCCAAGCCGGAAAGUCUUGCCAAGUUGCCCACUGUGCUUCUUCUAGGCAGAUUAUUUCUCAUUGGAAAAAUUGCACAAGGAAUGACUGUCCUGUUUGUCUCCCACUGAAGAAUGCUUCAGAUCGUAAACAGCAAAAUUCUACAGCAAGUCAGUUUCUGCAGAAUCUUGCACCAGUCUCUGUUGAUCACAACUCUAUGGCACGUGCAUUUGAAAGUCUAGGCAUCCCCAUUAAAGCUCCAAGAAUGCAAGGAAUAUCAGGAGAAUCUGCUGGAAACCUGUUGAACCAGCAGAAUAUCCCACAGGCAUCAGGUGCAGCAGGAAAUAUUCCACGUCCUGUCUUGAAUCAACCUCUUACUACUGCAGGUUUAGAACAGCAGCAACAGCAGCAGUUGUCAGCACAGCAACAGCCUCCAGCACAACAGGCACCAACACAGGUUACACAGCAGGUUGUACAGCAGCAGCAGCAGCAACAAGGGCAAGCACAACAACCUCAACCAAAUGCACAGCCUGGUCAGACACAACCACAGCGGACACCCCAGCAGCCGGCCCAGCAACCAGCACAGCAGGCUGCUGCAUUGCCAACGAGCAGCAAUGCUCCGCCAGCUAGCAGUUUCCAAGGCAUGAACUCCUUGAGCAAUGCAGGACCUACCAACACCAUGGUUGCACCUAGUAGCAGCAUAGCAGUAGCUCUGGAUUCGGCAAGUUUGAACACCUCCAACAUUAUUAAAAGCAUCCGGAAUCAAGAGAUUAAUGUGUCUUCAGCUUCUGGGCUCCCAGCUGCAAUCCAGUCCCAAGCCAACCAACCAUGGCAUGCAUUUGUCACACAGGAUCUCAGAGCCCACCUAGUCCAUAAAUUUUCUCGUUUCCUGUUUUUCAGGGUGCAAGCAAUAUUUCCCUCCCCUGAUCAAGCAGCCAUGAGGGAUAAGCGCAUGGGGAACCUGGUUGCUUAUGCCCGCAAAGUGGAGAAGGACAUGUAUGAACAAGCAGGCAGUAGGGAGGAAUAUUAUCAUCUUCUGGCUGAGAAGAUCUAUAAAAUUCAGAAGGAAUUGGAAGAAAAGCGUCAGAAGAGGGUAGCUGAGCAGCAUGGCAAUCGUUUGCCUGGCUCAGUGGGUCCAGGUGGACAGCUGCUACCAGGCCAGCUUGGGACAGGUCAAGGAGCCAGUCGUGGUGCUCUCACUGGUCUUACACAGAGUGAGUACAUCUCUACCGUCCUGCAAGAUUUGAGUGGAGUGACUCCAAAUGGCCCCAAACGUGAUCUUGCAAUGAACACUAAUGUUCCUGGGAAUUUGCCAAAUAUGGUGAAUGCAGUUGGACCUGGGCAAACUACUGUCAACCCACAGCAACAAUCUGGCCAACAAUCAACAAUGCAAGCACCAUUGCACCCUGGUCAGCAACCACAGCAACCUCAAACGCAGCAACUUGCCAACCAGCCUCAACAGCAGCAGCAGCAGCCCCCACAACCCAACCCAAAUCCGUUCCGUAACUUCCCUCCAAUCCCUGGGCCACCACAGUCAAUGGCGAAUGCUGUCAGCAAGGCUCCAGCCAGUGCAGCUAUGACACAGCCACAGAGUGUUGGUGCUAUCACAUCUCAGGCACAGCAACCCACCCAGCAGCAACAAAUACCAACUCAGAACAACACAUCACCAAUUGCUUCUUCAUUGCCAUCAGUCAGUUCAGUGUCUUCUAGUCAGCCUACACCUCAGGCAAGCUUAUCUGGUCCACUCUCAAACCAUACUGAUCACGGUGAAGAUGUUAAGCCUCAGAUUGGAGGAAAGCAACUUCCCAGCAACAACCCGGCAUCAGUGGCAGAGAAGAUUAUCAAACAGGAACCCCUGGAGACACCAGGAUUAAAGAGUAAACCGUCCAUGGGUCUCAUCAAACAAGAGUCAUCAACGGCUGUAGCAACAGCAAUCCCUCAGAAGCCAUGCAGCUAUGGUGACAAACCUAGCAAUAUUAACAUCAAGACAGAGCCCGUCAUCAAGUCUGAGCCAAUGGACCACGAUGGCAAGGCGGAGGUCACUGCAGCGUCAGCAACCCCUUCCUCAAAACCCACAAGCAACAGUACAACCACAAGUUCCAGUGGUGCUACAGCAUCAGUUAACAGUACAAAUGACACCAAGGCAUCUACGUCUAGCCACAAGGACGGUGCCAUGUCAACGCAAUUGGUUAAGAAUGAGUCGAAAAAACCAAAGGCAAUGAAGACAUUCAAACCUGAUGAACUGAGGCAGGCCCUCAUGCCAACACUUGAAAAGUUAUAUCGCCAAAACCCAGAAUCAUUACCCUUCCAACAGCCAGUUGAUCCUCUCAAGCUGCAGAUUCCUUUGGGUAAUUGCAUGCGGCAAAAAAAAUCCCACUUACAGGAUUACUAUGACAUCGUGAAGACACCUAUGGACCUACAGACCAUCAAGAACAAGCUGGACACGGGCCAGUACAUUGACCCGUGGCAGUUUGUAGAUGAUGUUUGGCUGAUGUUCGACAAUGCAUGGCUCUAUAAUCGCAAGACAUCGAGGGUCUACAAGUACUGUACCAAACUGGCUGAAGUCUUUGAGCAGGAGAUUGACCCAGUCAUGCAGGAGCUGGGCUAUUGCUGUGGUAGAAAGCAUGUAUUCCAUCCUCAAGUGUUGUGCUGUUAUGGAAAGCAGCUGUGUACUAUACCUAGAGAUGCACAUUACUGGACAUAUCAGAACAGAAGUGUUGGCCUUGUUUCCAACAGGUAUCAUUUCUGUGAGAAGUGCUUCAAUGACAUUCAGGGUGACACCGUUGUCCUUGGAGAGGACCCUACACAAUCACAAACGACAAUCGAGAAGAAGACAUUUUGCAGGAAGAAGAAUGACAUUCUUGAACCUGAACCGAUGUACAACUGCCUUGAGUGCGGUCGUAAGUUGCAUCAAAUUUGUGUCCUCCAUGUCGAUGUCAUCUGGACCGACGGCUUCAUCUGUGAUGGAUGUCGGAAACAGAAAAAUAUCAAGAAGAAAGAAAACAAGUUCACAGCAAAGAAGUUGCAACCUUCAAAGCUGGGAACUCACCUUGAGAACAGGGUCAACAAGUUUCUUAGAGAUCGCAACGCUGGUGCUGGUGAAGUGGUCAUUAGAGUCAUGUCAUGUACAGAGAAGGUUGUAGAGGUCAAGCCAGGAAUGAAGUCAAGAUACGGAGAUGAUCUUCCUGAUACCUUUCCAUACAGGUCAAAAGCACUCUUUGCCUUUGAGGAGAUUGAUGGGGUAGAGGUGUGCUUCUUUGGGAUGCAUGUGCAAGAAUAUGGCUCAGAUAGCCCCAAGCCAAACCAGGGGCGAGUGUAUAUAUCCUACCUGGACAGUGUCCAUUUCUUCCAACCUAGGGCUUUCAGGACCGCUGUCUAUCAUGAAAUACUUAUUGGUUACCUUGAAUACACUGGAUGUCUAGGGUAUGAGUUUGCCCACAUCUGGGCUUGUCCACCGAGUGAAGGAGAUGAUUAUAUCUUCCAUUGUCAUCCUGUAGAGCAGAAGAUUCCUAAGCCAAAGAGAUUACAGGACUGGUAUAGGAAAAUGUUGGACAAAGCCCUAGCUGAUGGUGUCAUCCAUAUCUACAAUGACAUCUUGAGUGCAGCUAUGGAGGAUGGGUUGACGUGUGCCACUGAGCUUCCUUACUUUGAGGGUGAUUUCUGGCCUAAUGUUCUUGAAGAGAGUAUCAAGGAGUUAGAUCAGGAGGAAGAGGAAAGGUUGAAGGCUGCUGAGAAGGCUGCUGCUGCACAGAGUGCCAGUGAAGAGCAGACCCAGGUUGGUCCAAAUGGCAGCAAGAAGUCUCAGAAAAAGUGCAAAAAGACGAACAAGAGCAAAAGCAGCAGUACCCGCAAGAACAACAAGAAGACCAACUUUCCUCAGCAAGGCAAUGAUCUUUCACAAAAGUUGUAUGCUACCAUGGAGAAACACAGAGAGGUAUUCUUUGUCAUCAAGCUCAAGCGAGCACACAGUGAGAAGAUCCAUGACCCGGACCCACUGGUUACCUGUGAUCUGAUGGACGGACGUGAUGCCUUCCUUACCAUGGCAAGAGAGAGGCAUUAUGAGUUCUCUUCCUUACGUCGAGCAAAGUUCUCUUCCCUCUGUAUGCUGUGUGAGCUUCAUAACCAGGGUCAAGAUAGGUUUGUCUACACCUGUAACGAGUGCAAGCACCAUGUGGAGACCAGAUAUCACUGUACUGUGUGUGAGGAUUAUGAUCUGUGUGCAGUAUGCUAUGAGAAGAUCAAACAUGAGCACAAGAUGGAGAAGUGGGGACUAGAAUUGGAUGUGGAACCUGGCUCCAAUGCAGUGAGGAAUCCUCAGGAAGCUCGUCAUCUCUCCAUACAGCGAUGCAUCCAGUCACUAGUCCAUGCCAACCAGUGCAGAGAUGCCAACUGCUGCUUACAGAGCUGUCAGAAGAUGAAGAGAGUUAUCCAGCACACGAGAGGCUGCAAGAAGAAGACAAAUGGAGAAUGUCCGAUCUGCAAGCAGCUUAUUACUCUGUGUUGUUUACAUGCCAAGCACUGUCAGGAACAAAAGUGUACUGUGCCAUUCUGUAUCAAUAUCAAGCACAAGUUACGGCAGCAACAGCUUCAGCAGAGACUGCAGCAGGCCCAGCUCCUUCGGCGUAGGAUAUCGGCUAUGACGCGGGGAGCACCGCCUCCUUCUCAGCCUGCAGUGCAAGCAGCACCACAACAAACGGCAGUAUCUUCGAUGCAACAGCAGCAACAACAAGCGGCCUUACCCCCUGGACAGCAACAGGCAGCAAUAGCUGCUCCUCCACAACAACCAAACAUUCCUGCAGUGCCACCACCUCCUCAGGGUGCUCUCGAUGCUGUGAAAAUUGUGCAACAACAAGUUGAUGCAACUAGGAAUCCAAUUAAUCAAAUUGCACAGCCAAGGACUAUUUCACCACCAACUGCUCAGCGAGGAAACCCCAAUCUGAAAACUGUCAUGAGUCAGCCAAUGAUGCAGCAACAGCCACCACAGCAGCAACAACAUGGUGGACAAUUACAAAAAUCUGUUUCAAUGCCUCCUGGUGGUGGUGUUGGUGGUGUAACUGCAAUGAAUCAAAUGGGUCAGUGGAGGCCCCCUAUGGAUCAGGCAGGACAUAUUCAAGGCCAAGUGCCUGUCAUGCAGCAACAUGCACAAGGCAUGGUCAUACAUAAUGCAUCCCAGCCUCAGCAAAAUCACAUGACUCAGGUACCACCUCAAGGUCAGCAGCAGAUACCUCCGCAAAGGAAUAAUGUGCCACAGCAGGCAUUGCAGCAAUUGCUGCAGACACUGAAGUCGCCACAUUCUCCUCAGCAACAGAAGCAGGUUCUGUCUAUCCUGAAGUCCAACCCCCAACUGAUGGCUGCCUUCAUCAAGCAACGGUCGGAGCAUCAGCAGCGGAUGCAACAACAGCAGCAGCAGCAGCAACAUGGGCAGCUGCAGCAGGGUAACAUGCAGGCUGCUGGUCAGCCUGUACCACAGCAACAGAUGGCUCAACCAAAUAUGCAGCAGCAACCUGCACAACAGAUGAUGAAUCAAACGUGGAUGCAACAACGGCAAAGACCAAGGUUUCAGCAGGGUUAUAUUCAACAGCAGAUCCAACCGCAGAACCCUGGCAAACCCUUCCAACAAAUGCCAACUGGCCAUCCAGCACAGUACAGUCAACACCCUUCUGCCAUGCAGCAAAGGCGAAACAUGAUGCCACAGACCAUGCAGCAGCUCCAACAGCAGCAACAGCAGCAGCAACAACAGCAACAGCAACAACAAGGCAUCUCACAGGGUGAUCCUGCCAUGCAGUACAUGCUUCAAGGUCAGGUUCAGCAGCAAGGCAUUAUGUCCAACCGCUCGCCACAGCAGGUUCUGUCGCAGGUCCGUUCUCCUCAGACAACGAACAACCCCCUUGCCCAGGUCCGGUCGCCGCAGACCAAUGCCAAUAAUCCCUUAGCCCAGGUCAGGUCACCACAGACAAAUUCCAAUGCCCUGGCACAGGUUCGGUCACCCAAUCCUAACCAGUCACCGAGACCUCAGUCACAACCCUCUCCUUCACCAAGAACUCAUUCUGCUCAGCCUUCUCCAAGGCCAGUAGGAGCAAUAAACUCUCCUCACCCUGUGGGUGGGACAACAGACAUUCAGAUGGAUCAGACCCCUGUGUUGUCACAAAACCCAACGGCCAUGGGCCAUAGCAAUAAGAACUCGCUGCAGAGUCCCGCUACAGUGGGCGGAGCAGCACCAGGUCUACAGGAGGAAUCCGACAUGACACCACUCGAUCCUCAGGACCAAUUGUCAAAGUUUGUAGAGAUGUUGUGAUUGUCAUGGUGGAGUAUUCGUUGUGUGUGUUACUAUUUAAAUCACAAGGCCAAAUAUGAAAUGAACAAUCUUUGUACAAAGGAGAUGAAUAUAAAAUGUAAUAAAGCAGAGACUUUUUUUUUUUACAUAGACUUCCCGUCUUAAGGGUUACAAGCAGUCGAUGAUUAGCUUCAUCUGAUGGGGAUAUAACUGUAGAUUUUGGUGCAGAAUAAGUAUUGUUUUCCAAAGUGUAAUUUUUAUGAUAAUUUUAUUUUAUAUUUCAAUUUCAUUCCUUGCAGUUUCUUAUGAAAUCUAAAACAAGUCUUGUAUCAUUGCUAUAAAAAGAGAAAGUUAAGGAAAUUUCUAUUUGUACAGCUCUAUAUUAUUAUUAUUAUUAUUGUAAGAAAGAGAGGAAUAAUGCCACUCACUCAAAUAUGAAAACUUUCUUAUUUUUCAUUGUUUCAUAGUCAUUUUUGUAUACAGUAAAAAAAUUUAAUAUAACAUGGUGCAUUUCAGUACCAGUGACAUGACUAAAGAUGUAUUUCCUUGACUCUAUCCACUAUGACUGUGACAUAUCUAUGUGCUGUACAAUUUUAGUAUAAAUAGGUGUAGGUAUUGUGAAUGGUCUUUAUUUUCCUCCCAUUUUUAAAAGAAAUGGUCUACAUUACUGUGUCAUAGUGGAAUUUCUGUCCUGUUUUUUUGUAUAAAAAUUGUUUGAAAAAAAAUAAGAGAAUCAUGCUGAAUGUUCUAUUUGAAGGUUGUAACUAAUUUGAAGAACCCCACGAUUUCAAAUGUUUGUACAAAAGAAUGACACCUAAAGUGUAUUUCCUACUUAUAUAUCAUAUGCGUAAUAUUCUAAAUAAAUGUCUGCACUUUUCAAAUUUGAAAGGAAGUUCUUUUGUCAAUGACGUCUUUCAUUUGGUUCAUUAUGUUAUGUUGUAUUCAUGGUAACGGUAAUCCCUGGGCAACUUUUUCCCCCUUUUUCUGGAUUCCAUGUGCACAGACAUCUCUUAGACAUAUUGCAUUGGUAAUUUUCAACUUGUUUGUACUAUCAUAUAUUUUCUGUAGGAAGCCAUCCAUAUCACAAUUCUUGUUUUAUCAAAGUUAUGACACUUCUUUUCAUCAAACUGAAAUGUACUUUAAACGUAGGACUCGGACAGCAUUCUCACGUCUUUAUAUGUAAAUUAGAAAUUAUGUGAGGUCUGUUUCAAUCGGAAGUCCAGCUAUGCAAAACCGUUAAAAAAACCCCGUUUAGUCUGAACACAAACUUGUGGCAGAUUAUGUCUCUGAGCCAUUGUUAAUACAAGUGCUUUGGACUUGAAAUUCAUUCUGAAAUGUUUCCUUUUUAUUAUUACUUGAAUUUCCUUGAAUUUCACAAAAAUAUAUACAUCCACAUUUAUAUUAUGAUGGUUAUUAACUACAGAGAGUGGAAAGUGUAUCUUUGCAAAUGUGAACGUCAAUGAUGUUAAUAGCAAUUUUAAAUAAAGAAAGAAGUCAAUUAUAAAGCAUUAUUUUGAUAGCAAGAUGAUUGAAUCUUCUUUAAAACAAUGAAUAAACAUGUUUUUAAGACAGA